AUGACGGAUGCAACCUAUGAAUAUAUGGAUGAGACAUCUAUUGAUCCAGAAUUGAUCUGCAGUAUUUGUCAUUCACCUUUAGUAGAUCCACAUUGUACUCCUUGUAGUGAAACAUUUUGUCGUGAAUGUAUUACAAAUUGGCUUGAAACACAAAGUACUUCGUGUCCACAUUGUCGACAAACUUUAUCAAUUAACAAUCUUACACAAGCUCCACGUUCUCUACGAAAUAUGCUUGAUCGACUUCGAAUAAAAUGUACAAUUUGUGGACAAGAUGGAUUGUUACGAGUUAAUGCUGAAGAACAUAUUGAAAAAGUAUGUCCAAAAAGAAUUGUUCCGUGUCAGUCAGCAGAUAUCAAAUGUCCAUGGAUGGGACAACGUGAUCAGCUGAAUGAACAUCUACUUACUUGUCGAUAUGAAGCAAUGCGAUCUAUUAUCACCGGUAUUUUAAUGGAAAAUCUACAACUAGAAGAUACAGCACAUAAACAGAUUACACAAAUAAAUGAACAACGGGACGAGCUCAGACAUCUUAAUAGUCAAAUGAAUCAACAGCAAGCUCAAUUCUUUGUACUUCAAACUCAAAAUCAAACACUUUUAGAACUAACAACACAAUUAAAAAUACAAGUUAAGACAUAUCAUCGCCAGAAUCAACAACUUAAUGAAGAACUCAAACAAAAAGAAGCUCAACUAGCAUUGAUAAAAAGUAAACCACGUGUCAAAAAACUAUCCAGUCGUUCUCGUACUACGUCUCUACCAAAACUUGAUUGUGGUGGUCGUGCUUGUUCAAAAUGUGGUAAAUGCUGUGAUUGGUAUUAUAAUGAUUAUGAUAUUAAUGAUUACAUUAAUGAUAAUGGAAAGCGUCAUGGUGCAACUUGUCGUAAUACUAAUGGUCGUAAUCAUAUGUGUGAUUGUGACAGAAAGAAGAAAGAAUAA